AUGUCGGGGUCUGGGGGAGAGUUCUCCCCAUCUUCGAAAAGACCGCCAUUCUCUACGAUAGUGUCCAUACUCGCCAUAUCCCAUUCCAUCGCAUUUCUCACGACAUUCUUCCGGCUUUGGCAGCGCUCGCGUACGCGCAAAUUAUGGUGGGACGAUUUCUGGGCAUUCGUAGCGCUUUUGAGCGACAUGUUCGUAUGGAUCUUAUUCGUGGCUAUUCCGACGCGAGACCUUUUUUCCAAGCCACUCGGGAUACAAAUCUUUUGGAAAUUUGGAACGAUACUUGUCUAUACUCUGGGACUUUGGUCUGCUCGCGCUUCCAUUGCCGUCACUAUUGUACGCCUCAUCAACGAGAGCCUCUUUCGAACAAUUGCGAAGGCAGUUGUCGCCCUAUUCGUCGUAUUUUGGCUCGCUCUCUCAAUCCAAAAAAUCUUUAUCUGCGGAACCAGGUGGCAUGAGGUGCCUGAUUGCAGGCUGCCUCGUGCAACCGCCUAUAUCGAGCUCGCCACUGACCUCAUCGGAGAUAUGUGGCUUCUUUGCUCUCCAAUUUUUCUCCUGUGGAGGAUGAAACUACCGCGUCGACAUCGCCGGCUCCUUAUAGCGAUAUUCAGCUGUUCCAUAUUCAUCACCUUUGCGAGCAUCGCGCACGCGUAUUUUAUUGUGGUGCGCAUACCAGCUUGGGUAGGAAUUACGGCUCAUAUUCAGCUCGGCGUAGCUGUUACUAUCUGUAAUCUCCUCGUCCUCGUCACUCGAGUAUACAGUGUCUUCUGCGAUACUACAAGUGAAACACGCACGGAAACCGAGGAAUCAAACCCUACCCGCCCUUCCCAUGACCCCGACACCCCGAGCAAUCCAACCCCCACCUCCGAGUCGCAGAGAUCUGUCGUUACUCUGACGGAUCUCGGCUCAAACUUUGGCAACACACAACGUACCGCCCCGUCACGUCGCCUGUACAGCACAUUUUCGUAUCCUACAUCUCGUCCCCUCUCCGCCGACCCUGAACUUGCCUCGAAGACCUCGUCCGCCGUAUCGUCCACUUCCAGCAAAGAAAGGCCUGUACUCGAUUCCGAGAAAUCGUUCAGGACUCUUUCAUAG